GUCUCUGAGGUCAGCGAGAAGACUGAAGACAUGGGAGGAUGGUUUUCUACAUCUGAUCCACCUUCCCCUCCUCCACGUAAGGUUCUGGAUGAACCAUGGAGGCAAAUAAACUGGGGGAAUACACAGGAUGAUCUACAGUAUCUGAACAACUACAAACCUCAGAGACGGGAUCUGCAGCUCAGGAUUCUUCUUCAUGGACCAGUUGGAGCUGGAAAGUCGAGUUUCAUCAACUCUGUGAAAAGUGCCUUACAAGGCAAAUUGUGCCGUCAGGUUAUGGUCGAUAACAUCGGUCGUGGCUGCUUCACCAAAAAGUAUACAACCUACAAGAUCGAGAAAGGAAACCGAACAAUCUUUUACCCUUUCGUCCUAAAUGACAUGAUGGGCCUGAAACACGCCGGAAGGAGAAACAGAAAAAUCCAUGUGAAAGAUAUGAAACUGGUGAUGAAGGGAAAAGUGAAAGAUGACUACACGUUCAAUCCUGAAAGUAAAAUACCAAAGAAUGACCCAUGCUACAACAAUGCUCCAACAGACAACGACAAAGUGCACAUUGUGGUUUUUGUCAUUGAUGCAAACACAGCACACCUGAUGGAUUCUGAUGUUGUGGAAACACUAUGCGACAUAAGAGAUGAAGCAACUGAACUUGGAAUUCCUCAAGUCGCCCUUUUCACCAAAAUUGAUGAGGCCUGUCGUGAGAUCAAGACAGACAUGAAGAAUGUCUACAGGAGCAAAUCGCUACAGACAAAGAUUGAGAAGUUCAGUGCAAAUGUGGGCAUCCCCGUCAACUGCAUCUUCCCAGUGAAGAACUACCAUUCAGAAACCAACCUGAACGACGACAUCAACGCUCUCAUCCUGAACACCCUGAGAAACAUCAUCACUAUUGCAGAUGACGCCAGCAACCAAAACUAGAGUUCAAGUCUAGAUGCUAGAUGCGCUGUCCAGUGAGUUGAGAUUUCAGUUAAAGUAUGGUACUAUGUGUAGAAUCAAAACUUUUUGGCUUGUUUUGGCUAAUGUUGACUUAUUGUGUUGAUUCUCACUGAAUAAAAUAUUAUACACAGAAUAUCAUAUGAAUAGUAGUUGAAGAAAUGUGACUAAUGUGUGAUGAGAAAAACAGGAUACAGCUGCUGGGUAAUCUAGAAAAAGAUGAACUGGUCAAGGCCUUCCUUAGGCCAUGUCAGGACACGUUCAGACACGGUUAGUGGAAAGAUACAGAAAACGAUCUAAUGUCCAAAGUAUUGAUUAAUAAGUCAUGAGUGUCAGACCCUUAUAGAAACGCUGGCAUGAUGGUUAGUCGUGAUAAUGCACUAUAUGUAGGAUGUGUUAGGAGUAUAAAAGAGUAAAUGCAGAAGUGUAUUUCAGGACUGUGCUGUGUGUGAACUGAGCCAACUCCCCUACAGUGCUACUUUGGCUGUGACGAUGUUCACUGGGAACGUCCCUGUUUCACCACCUCGCUGUGGCAGUAACAGACUGGAUUCAGGUGUGUUCGCAUCGACCAUUUUUUAGAAAUUUUCUCUCCCCCUACUUCAUGUGUCCAGCUAAUAAGUAAUUAUUUUUUACAAGUAUUUUCAUAUUGAUUUAUCAACAGUGAUUUAAGUUCUUGAGUGAUUAUCUCAUUUUAUAAUUAUUUUAACAACAAUUAUCUGAUUUUGGUUUUGCUUGAUUUUUGAGCUGUUGCAUUGCUAAAGCUGAACCUACAAAUAAAAUCUGACUCUAAAACGUCA